AUGUCACCCUACGAGAAGCCGGUUGACGAGAAAAAGAGAGUUGACUAUAACAAACUUGUCUGCGCUGCGAAUGCCAUACGCGAGCUGAUAGCCAGAGAUCAAAAUAGGGCUCUGCCGUUAGAUAUCUUUGGGCUACUCCAAGAGUGUCACAGGCUAUCUGAAGCAAUCAAGGUUGAAGAAUGUGCUUCCGAGGAUCCUAUCAGCCUAACUCGAACACGAGUGCCCCAUCCAAAGCAGAUUCGUGUGUGGAGACACUUCCCAGAACUAGGCGACGCCGUCUGGAACGCAAUGGCCGAAGAUGGCUACAUUAAUGGUCAAUAUGUAUUCCCAUCCCCUGCUGACUGUGACGUGGCCCUCGAAGGAAUGGAGUCUGUUAGCUCGGCGAAAGGCGUGUAUGUCUUCCGGCAUAUGACUGUCCAUCGUUACAUGCGUCUUAUAUGGAGGAAAGUAAUGGAAGACGAAUAUUUGCGAAUGCUUUCCUUGAAAGAGGUUUCAGAUAUCUUGGUUGAUGAGGACAGCUUCCCCUCAUCGGAGAUGCAUGUCAAGAUUGAACGAGACGCAAACCACUGCGUAUUUUAUUGCCUGGUUGGUAGGCAGAGAAUUCCCCUUUUCUUCGUGCAGUAUGUCGCCCCACAGCAUCUGUCAGUCGAGCAGAUAGCAGCUGGCUCAAAACGUGUUCAAAACGGCAAUCUGUCUAUCGCCGAAGGAGAGACCCACGACCCCUUUCUUGCAGCACUCUUUCAGGCAUUUGGCUACAUGGUUCAAAAUGGGAUCUUUCGAGGAAUUGUUGAUACUGGCAAGACUCUUAUGUUCCUGAAGAUCAGCAAAAAGUCUCCCGCCGUGUUGAAACUCCAUCGUCACAUACUACACGGCGACGAAGUUUCAGAGCCAGAUAGGUAUGAUUUACGACAUACUGUCCUCAGCGAAUACAUUGCACUCGCGCUGUUCUCGAUUAAAGACAGGGCACCCACUCAGCAGUGGUGGAAGAUUGCAGUCCGUCUGGAGACGUGCCGAGUCAACGCUUUCAGCAUCACAAAACGUGUGAAUCCUCUGAGGCUUCACCCUGCACCGAGCCAGGCACCCGUGAUAAGGGCGUAUGAAGGCACCGCGUUUUGCACCUCCAGAUGUCUCGCUGAAGUUCUUGCUGGCGGAACUCGAUUCGACCCGGAAUGCCCCAAUAGUGAGAAGCACCGCCAACAUGGCUGUGGGCUGAAUGCUCUUGAGUUUAUGCACGCCCUCCGACAUCAGCUUCUGACGCCCACCCCAACCACAGAACUUCACCCGUUACACAUGAGGGGCCGUGGACACCAAUAUCUCAGGGGGGUUCUAGAAGGUUAUGGGUAUACCUUUCUCGUCAAAAUGGCUGAAUAUGGGCAUGCCGCUGAGCUUGACGAUGAGCUUGAGAUCUUCAGAGCGCUUGCAUCCCUGCAGGGGAUUUGUAUUCCUGUCUGCAUCGGUAUGCUAGACCUUGAUACCACGCCUGGAGCAAAUCUCAUGUACUACGGGAGAUUUUUCCACAAGAUGAUUGUCCUCAGUUGGGAGGGGUUGCCGGUGCCUCUGGUUUUUGAUGCGGGUGGCUUCCGGCUGCUAGAAAAGCGUCGAUCAGAAAUCCGCGAGAAGAUCGAGGCGCUUGGUGUGACGGUCUCACGGGAUAUCAGUUGGAAACAUCUUCUCUGGAACAAGCAGAGCAACCGUCUCAUUUUGAAAAAUCUCUAA